AGUCAACCAACUGGAACCGAAUUAAAUUAUAAAAAAAAAAAAUGGCAUCAACAAAACUAAUUCUAGUCAUCCUUACCAGCUUAAUCGCAAAUGCUUAUUGUUCAUUUUGGACUUCGUGUAAAACCGGACGUCCACCAAUUAAUGUUCAAUCACCAUCAUGUACUGGUGAUCGUUGUCUUGCUGUUCGUGGUGAAAAUAUUAUUUUGAGUGUCAACUCCGAUUUUAUUGAAGCACAUCCACUGCUUAGACCAAGAGCUUUUGCUAUUGUUCUUGGAGUUCCGAUUCAAAUUCCUGAUGAUCCGGCUUAUGCUGAUAUUUGCCCAAUUUUAAAUGUCAAUGGAGUUCACCGCGGCUGUCCAACAGCACCAAAUACAGUUUAUGAUUGGACCUUAGACAUGCUUAUUCCGACUGCUAUUCCAGCUUUUCAAAAUGGAAGAAUCAGAGUUGAGCUUUUGGAUGCUGGCCGUGUUGUACAUUGCUUCGAAGUUCUUGGAACUAUGUUGUAA